UGUAAAUAAUCCGGAAAAGAGAGCCGUCGCUGUGUUGGACAUGAGAUAUGAAUGUGACGCUGUGUGAGGGGAUACGAAACCUACCUAACUCGAGAUUAUGGAUAUCAGAUAGACACGUUCUUCCCCACUUAGUGGCCUGAGAUUGGAGUGGAGAUGGAAUCGAGCAAACCCAACAACACCUUGCCCUAUGGGCUGGAUGACUUGGAGGACUACCUCAACCAGCGGGACUCCAAUUCAGUCUGGCUGUUAGUGGCUACCAUCUUGUCCUGCGGAUGGAUCAUCUACCUGACCUACUACAACUCCCGCAACAUUGGCCUCAUCCUCACACUCAUCAUUAACAAGCUGUACAAGAAGGGAUAUAUCCACAUCGGCUCAUUUUCUUUUUCCGUGCUGUCGGGGAAGGUCAUGUUCAGAGAUGUUUACUACAUUGAUGAAGACAUGUCUAUUAGAAUACAAGAUGGCUUCCUCAUAUUCCGCUGGUGGAAAAUGUACAACCCCAAGCAAAAACAACAUGACCCUAAGGCGGAGACGCGUCUGUACGUGACGGUGAAUGGUUUUGAGUUCCACGUGUACAACCGAACGGACCUGUAUGCUCGGCUACAGAAGACCUUUGGCCUGGAGCCCACUCUCAUCCCCCCCAACAGAGAUGAGGAGAAGGGCAGAGAGGAGCUGGACAAGCCUCUGGACAGUGUCAACAUCCAAGCUGAAGCACAGGACCCUUCAUCAUCCUGGAGGUCUCUCAUCCCCGUGGUCAAAUUCAACAUCAGCACAGGACGCGUUGCGUUUGGGAACCACCACCUGCCACAGACCCUGUGUGUGAACUUUGAUGACGCUUUCCUCACGUACACCACCAAGCCUCCCAGCAGCCACCUGGACCAGUUCAUGCACAUCGUCAAAGGCUCCCUGGAGAACGUGCGCGUCAUGCUGGUGCCCAGCCCACGCUACCUGGGCCUGCAGAACGACGAGCCACCGCGACUCAUGGGAGAAGGCUUUGUAGUCUUGCAGUCUAACGACGUGGACAUCUAUUAUUACCAGGAUGAACCAGGGUUGGUUCCUGAGGAGCAGGACUCAGACGUGUGUUCUGAGGGAACCCAGCUUCAGGACCUCCCUCCCUGCUGGGGUCUGGACAUCGUCUGUGGGAAAGGAACAGACUUCAACUACGGACCAUGGGCUGACAGACAGAGGGACUCGUUGUGGAAGUUCUUCCUGCCAGCUGACUACCAGGCAAUGAAAGUAAGCGAGGUGGCCACGCCAGGGAAGCCACGGCAGAUCCUGGCCUUCGAGCUGCGCAUGAACAUCAUCGCAGACGCCACCAUCGACCUGCUCUUCACCAAAAACAGGGAGACCAAUGCUAUCCAUGUGAAUGUGGGAGCCGGCUCAUACCUGGAAGUGAACAUCCCCAUGACUGUUGGAGAAGAUGGUUACUCGCCCAUCAUUAAGGGACAGCUGUUGCACGUGGACACCACCAGCAGUAUGCAAUACAGAACUCUGCUGGAGGCCGAGAUACUCCUGUUUAAUGUGAAGGCCAGUUACCCGCGUGUGUGGAACAUGCCACAGUCCUGGCAGUGUGAGAUCGAGGUCUAUAAAGCCACCUACCACUUCAUCUGGGCACAGAAGAACUUCUUCUCGGAUCUCAUCCAGGAUUGGGCCAGUGACAGCGAGCCUGACAUCUACUCGUUCGUUCCGUACUCCUGGACGUUUAAGGUCCUCUUCCACCAGUUUGAGAUGAUCUGGGCGGCCAAUCAGCACAACUGGAUUGACUGCUCCACCAAACAGCAGGAAAAUGUCUAUCUGGCUGCAUGUGGAGAAACCCUAACUAUUGACUUCACUCUCCCCUUCAAUGAGUUUGUCCCCACCACAUGCAACACCUGCUUCCGCCUUAAGUCGGAGGACACAGACAUGCGUCUGUCUCUGCCGGACUGCCACCCCAGCCGCUAUUCCCUGCUCACGCCCUGGCCAAUGACUACCCAGGCCACUCGCACCCCCGACAACUCCAUGCCCCCGGAGGGACACCAGGGGGGCGCCACCCAAAACAAGCAAAGCCCGCCUGGAGGAACAUCACACAGCCCGAGUAAGAACACUCACACAAACACACACACACAUAUGCACAAGUUUUGGGCUGGCUGGGUGGACUGCUGGAGCGUCCCUAACUUCCUGCUCAUCAUCGACUACACCUGGCAUCCCAUUUACCCUCAGAGCGACCAGCAGCUCAAGCAGUCUCUGUCGGAGAUGGAGGAGUCCAUGCUCUCAGCUCUGAGGCCACCAGAGCAGGCCUCCAGCGCCCCCUCCCCACGGAUGACCUCUGACCCCAGUGAGCUGCCUCCUGAUAAGCUGCAUGUGGAGAUGGAGCUGAGUCCUGAGUCACACAUCACUCUCUACGGCCCACUGCUGCAGGCACUGAUCUCUAUAAAGGAGAACUACUUCGGCGAGGACGACAUGUACACCGAUUUUGAGGAGUGUGGGUCCAGCCCCGUGCUAAGCUCAUGUUCGUCGUCGUUGGGGUGGACGGGGGCCGUGGAGGAGAAGGAGACGCCCCAUCCGCUCUCCCUCAGACCCUGGGACAUCACCGUCCUCAUCAACCUGCACAGGGUGCACGGACACCUACCCAUACACUGCAGCAGUGAUGGGCCUGAGGGUCCAGCUGGCUUUAUGGAGCGCCUCUGCUUUGAGAUGAAGAAGACCUACAAGGAGACUUUUCUGCAGCUGGUCCUCUCACCACUACAUGUUUUUGUCAGUGACAACUACCAGCGCCCCUCUGUGGACGGUGUGCUGCGUGACGGGCACCUGAGUCUGUCGGGCCUGCAGAUGCGCGCCCACGCGAUGUUCUCCGCCGAGGGCCUGCCCGCAGGCAGCGACACACUGGAGUACGCCUGGCUCAUCGACAUGCAGGCCGGAGCCCUCACUGGGAGAGUCACCCUGCCACAGUGUGCCUCUUUACUGGAAUGGGGCGAGGCGUUUGUGUUCCAUGUGAUGUCACGGGAGUUCCAGCUGGAGCAGCCAAAGCCAUCGGUCACCUGCCAACACGGAGUGGACCGCAGAGUGUGUGACGCCAAGUCAGCAACCCUGCCUGGUCCAUGUCGAACAUCUGAGGACCUGAAGUACACCAUGACCCGCCUGUCUAUGGAUGGUGUGCAGCUCUUCAUUGUGGAGCAUGGCUGUGCUGCCAACAUAAAGACGGGCGCUGUGCGUGUGGCCACCUGUAACCUGCACACGGCCACAGUGGGGGAGGGCAUCAGCGCCGCCCUGCACGAGGUGGUCAUCAGCCAGUUCAUCGAGCAGCAGGAGGGGGCGCGCCUGGGCCUGCCCCCGCCUCUUCUGCGCCGCUCCCAUUGGCUGGAGGCCGGCUCCGUUACCUUUAACCUGGUGACAGCCGACAUCGCGCUGGCUGCUGACCACCCUGCCAAGUAUGAAGUGCAGAAGAGCUUCCUGGAGCUGCACGACGCGUAUACCAAAAGGUUAUAUUUCCUGUGGCCUGAUGAGAAGUUAAAGCGCACCAGGACUCGCUGUGGCUGUCUGGGCGGCUGCCGCUUCUUCGCCGGCUCUUCGGGCGGUGUGGACUUCUUCCGCCUGGACGAGAUGACUCCCUCCUCGAGCUCCGCCUUCUCCUGCACCAGCGCCGAGAGUGACAUGUGCUACGGCCAAUCACUGCUGCACCCUGGAGAGCUAAUCGUCACAAAGGAGACUCCUAAGCUUUCAGAGGGUAAGAGUAUUGGUAUCCAUAGAGACACCUGUUCUCCUGCCCCAUUGGUGAAUGGCGAGAGGCAGAGCCAACAGCUCCUGAGCCUGCAGGUGCCCCAGCGUUCUCACAGUUCCGCCUCUUCCUCAGAGGAAAACUCCUCCUCCAGUGCUGCUCUGCCCCUAUUGGCUGGAGAAAGAGAUAGCCCCACCCCCAGUACAGAGAUCAUGGGGUCACCCCCCGAGCCCCUGGCCACCGACGGUCCUCCUCUCCGCUCACCGCUGCGCUCGCCGCUCACGCGCCAGUCAUCCGUCCAGUCGGCACGGCUGGGCAGCACCAAGAGCCUGUCAGCGGCCGUGUUCGCCGAGAAGGCGGCGGCGUCGUCGGGCGUGCAGUUCAGCAGCGAGGUGUCGCGCAGCGACGAGAACGUGCUGGACUCGCCGCGCCAGCGCCGCAGCUACGGCUCCUUCCCCUUCACGCCGUCGGCCGACUCCAGCACCUUCCACCAGUACCGCUCGGUGGACUCGUCCAUGUCGGUGGCCGACAGCGAGGCCUACUUCUCGGCCAACGAGGAGUUCGAGCCCAUCAGCAGCGACGAGGGGCCCGGCACGUACCCGGGCCGCAAGCGGCGGCGCCGGCAGCAGCAGUGUCCGCCACCGUGCAUGUCGGAGGUGCAGAGCCGCACGUCCAUCUACCACAGCGUGGAGGGCCCGCUGUCCGUCGCCUCAGACCCGCGGCCACUGCCGCUGCCCAGCCACACCUCGCAGGCGUCCUUCGUCUCGGCGCUCGCGCUCGAGGAGGAGGCGGUCUCCGUGGAGACGGAGCGCGGCGAACAGGGGCUGCUCACCACCCAGCCCCACCUCAUGGCGUGUUACCAAAGCUACCUGGCACACUACCACGUUGCCAACUGGUCCGUCAAGCAGCCCACCAAUAAGAGGACCUCAAAGUCGUCGCUGCACCGCCCCUUGGAUCUGGACACUCCCACCAGCGAGGAGAGCUCGGCCUCUUUUGAUCAGCUGUCCAUACCCUCCUUUAAGAUGGUGAAAGCUGGUCUCUCUGCCAGUUCAUUAUUGGACAGAGGAGUGCAGCUGAUGGGCGACUGCAGCAGUACUCCUUACACACCUCUGGACAAGCGGGCGAUGGACAACACAGACGAGGAGACCACCACAGAGGACUGGACGGUGGACCAGCCCCUGGCCCAGACCAGGACCACCGCCAUCGUGGAGGUCAAAGGAGCCGUUAAUGUGGUCCUCACCCCUCUUGUGGCAGAGGCGCUGGACAGGUAUAUUGAGUCCAUGGUGCACUAUGCAAGUAUUCGCCACCCAGCCUCUAUUCUGGACGACCUUCAUGGAAGGGUGCUGAACGAGGCUUACCAGUUCAGCAAGUCUACUGUUGCAGACACUACCCAGCAGAAACCUGAGCACAAGCUGUCUAAGACCGAGACUCCAGCUUCAAUGACCACUACCCACGGCCAGACAGACCUGUCAGUCAAACCAGACAAUGUGAAAAUCAAGGGCCUCCAAGCCAAUGUCACUAUUCCCAAGGUGAAUCUGUGUGUGCUUCAGGCGUCUGUAGAGGAGGGCUCCCCCACUAAUAAGAGCUUCACACACGUGUCUCUGGUGGCCCUCUGCUUCGACAGAAUCGGAACUCAAUUCCGCAUGAACAGGGGUAUCGUGGAGGACACAGAAAAGACGUUGGUGAUGAUGGAGAAGUUCUCCUCCAAGAUGGCUCCCCAGUCGAGUGGCUCCUUGCGCUCCAACGCUGGUGUGGAAAAGGGCAAAGAGAUCGCCGCUCGCCUCAACGUCCACAGGAUACACGGCCAGCUGCGUGGCCUGAACUCGUCAGAUCUAGGAGCCUGUGCCAUCACUGCCAUUCCAUUUGAGAAGUCCAAAGUGCUGUUCAGCCUGGAGGAGACGGACGACUUCGCCCUGGUGGACGAGACGGAGCCCCCCAUCACCACGGAGCACGUGACUGACCAGACCCCCGAGCACGCGCGGGCCGGAGCCCAGGAGAAGUGGGGCUGGAUCAUGUUUGAGUGCGGCAUCGAGAACCUCACCGUCAAGGGUGGUCGUCAGUCUGGUGCCAUCCUCUACAGUGCGUUUGGGGUGAUGGGUGGGAAUGACGGCUGUGUGAAAGGCGGCGCCUCCAAGUCCAACGGUUCCAGCGGCUCCCAGACUGGCAGCGGCUACAGCACAGACGUCUCCGACGACAACCUGCCCAACGACGCCCAGAGCCCCUCAGAACCCAACAUCAACUCCGACUCAGACGAGCAGGAUGAAGGGGUGGAGUCUGAUGACCUGAAGAAGGACCUCCCCCUGUUGCCCCCGCCCCCUGACUCCAGCAGUAUGAAGCUGACCAUUAAAGAGAUCUGGUUCAGCUUCGCUGCCCCCACCAACGUGCACUCCCCAGCGCAAGCCAGGCAGCUGAAUCUCCUGAGCACAGCGACUCCAGCCGUUGGGGCCUGGCUGGUUCCUAUUGACCAGCUGAAGUCCUCCCUGCAGAAGCUGGAGAUGGAGACCACCCUCCGCGUGUGUGCUGUCAUGGGCUGCAUCAUGACCGAGGCUCUGGAGAAAAAGAGCAUCCACAUCCCGUUCCGCAGCAAGUAUAACCGCGUGACCAAGCGCUCUCGGUUCUUGCAUGAGGACCCGUCCUGUCUGCUGUGCAACAUCUUGCACAGAUACCUGCAGCAGGCCGACUACACUAUCAUAGAGGACGCCACCAUGAAUGAUGGUCUGCCUGCUCUGGUGACCCUGAAGAAAGGUUUGGUGGCGCUGGCACGUCAGUGGAUGAAGUUCAUUGUGGUGACACAGGGCUUUAAGGCGAUUGGUCCCAUUCGACCCAAUCAGUUGCCGAAGCCCAAGGAGCCCGCCCCUUUCCCCCCAGAGCCCACCCUCGGGCCUGACUGUAUCAACAUACAGAGUGAUACCAGCGCGGAUGGCGCCGAGUUUGAGUUUGACGCAGGCGCAGUGAGUGAGCACACAAUGCUGUUGGAAGGUGUGUGUAGUCGUCCAGCCCAGACAGGAAACUCAGCCCCUGUGAGCGGUGUGGAGAUCAUGAGGAAACUCUCCAAAUCUCACACACACAGCGAGUCAGCCCUUAGGAUUAAGGGCUCACACCCGUACCAGUCUCUGAGCUACACCAGCGGUGACACGGCCGCUGACUCUCCCGCCCACGUCAGCCGGACAGGCCUGCCUCAUCACAGUCCUCGGAAGGAGUCGCUCCUCAGCUACCUGACGGGAAGCUUCCCCAGUCUACACAACCUGCUGGAGGCCACACCCCCACGCGUCAACGAGGCCACCACCGCCAAGAGCAGCUCGCUCACACGCACCGGUAACAGUGUGGGCGCUGACGUGUUGACAGAGCACCCUCUGCUGUCGGAGCCCUCUCCGGUCAGCUUCUACAACUGGAUGUCCAACGCCGUAGGCAACCGCACCGGGGGCAAUGUCCAGGAGUCUCCCCUCAACCGCUCCCAACACAACAGCCUGCAGACAGGAGGAGUCCUCCCCACCAUCCCGUCGGCGUCAGACUUUAACACGGUGUUGUCCAGUGACCAGAACACACUGGACACCCACUCCCAGCACACGCACACACACUCCCAGCACAGCACCAGCCAGGAAGACCUGCUGGAGGUGGAUGAGAUCAACCAGUGUCCUGCUGCAGUACAGCUCGCUGAUGCGCAGGUUGUGUUUAAGCCACUGCUGAGCCACACAGGCAUCCAGCCGCAGGACGCUCCUCCCUUCAGCUAUAAGAUGUACUUUGGGGAGCACCUGUCCUUUAGCGGCACCCUGGAGUGCCUCAGGGCCGACAUCGUGGACUCCGACACCAGCAAGGACCGCAAGAACAAACGCGCUCGCAGGCAGGGUAUGGUGAACCUGCCUCCGCUGGAGUUCAAGCCGGCGCUGAUGAUUGAGACGUUCAGCCUGAACGCUGUGGUGCUGGAGAAGUGCAUGUCGUCGGCGGCGCCAGCCGGCCUCUCGUCCUUCCACGAGCUGAGCCGCCGGCCGCACGCCAGCGUCCACUGCCACUUUACGCUGGCAUGCCAGGCCAUCCGCCAGCACGUGGACAUGGCCCUGGUGCGCCUGGUGCAUCAGUUCAGCACCAUGAUCGACCAGAUCAAGGCCACGCAGACCGACAUCAAGCUGAGCCGCUACACGGCCGGCUCGGCCUCGCCCACGCCCACCUUCAAGGCGCGUCCGUACCGCCAGUUCCGCUCGUCCGACUUCAGCCGCAGUAGCCGCGGGAGCCUCAACGGCACCGUCCAGCGCCACGGAGGGCAGAAGGGCAAGCGCUCGGGCACUACCGCGUCCGGGGCGGGCGCAGGCGUCGGAGGGGGCAUGGGCGGAGUGUCCGGCGGAGGGGUGAGCUCCAGCUCGGGCAUCCCGGGGCUGGACACGCUGCCUCGGCGAGAGCCCAGGAGUGGGCGGAACACGCUGGGCCGCUCGGAGCGCCGCACGUCCAAGGUGUCGCGGAAGGGCUCGCGCGACGUGGCCGACCACAUGACCAUCCAGAUGGACGACUCGGACUCCAUCACGGUGUCGGAGCAGAGCGAGCCGUCGGCCGAGUGCUGGCAGAACAUGUACAAGCUGCUCAACUUCUACUCGCUCAUAUCGGACCCCACGGGCAUCCUGGACAAGGAGUCCCCCGAGAACGGCCUGUUAGAGGGUGGACGAAGCCCCACGGAUCCUCCGUGCCGAUUGGUGAUCGAGUCGGAGGGUGAGUCCCCGCCCAGUCGGCCGGGUCGCAGGCGGAGCCUGGGCGGCAGCGAGCCGCACCACGUGACCCUGAUCGUGUUCGGCGUUGGCAUGGUGAACCGCACGCACCUGGAGGCUGACAUCGGCGGCCUCACCAUGGAGGCAGAGCUCAAGAAGAUCCACGGCAGCUUCACGCUCAAGGAGAAGAUGAAGGAUAUCCUGCACCAGAAGAUGACGGAGACCUGUGCGUCAUCUCACAUCGGCGGCGUGAACAUCGUCCUGCUAGAGGGCAUCACUCCAGACAUCCAAUUGGAGGACUUCCCCACCUCUCCUACCAGCACAGCCAAGCAGGAGUUUUUGACGGUGGUGAAGUGUAACAUUGCCAAGUCGCAGGCUCUGUACAGCGCGCAGCGGGGCCUGAAGACCAACAACGCGGCCGUGUGCAAGGUGGGCGCCAUCCUCAUCAACAUCCCCCAGCACCCGGCCACGCUGCACAGCAUGAUGGUGCGCAUCUCCCACCAGCUCUCCAAGCAGAUCUCUGACCUCAUCCGACAGCCCUCCGCUACCCCGCCCCCGAACCGAGAUGACACUCCGACCCCGCAGCCGUCGGACAAGGCAUCGAGUAUCAACCAGACGCCGGUGGAGGCCAACGAGUUCCCCCAGCUGCCCGAGGGCCUGGAGAAGAAGCCCAUCGUGCUCAAGUUCAGCGCCAUGCUGGACGGCAUCACCAUCGGCGCCGCGCUGCUGCCCUCGCUCAAGGCCGAGUACAAGAUGGGCCGCAUGAAGAGCCAUGGCAUGACCGGUGCCCAGACCAGGUUCACGUUCGAGCUGCCCAACCACAAGCUGUGCUUCCAGUCCAAGGUGCCGCCGGUGGACGUGUCCGCCAUGCCGCCCUCUGCCAGCCUAACGCUGCCGCCAGUCACCAUGUCUGGCGAGUACAUCAUCCAGGAGCACGAGGGCCACACCGAGCACAUCUGGGCCCCUGAGGAGAUGCCCACUAAGCACGGCAACUACCUGCAGGGCAACUACCUGCGCUGCGUCGCUGAGAUUGGGUCCUUUGAACACAACCUGACCACAGACCUGCUGAAUCACCUGGUCUUCCUGCAGAGGGUCUUCAUGAAGGAGGUCAAUGAGGUCAUCCAGAAAGUCUCAGGAGGGGAGCAGCCAAUCCCACUGUGGAAUGAACAUGAUGUGUCCACCGAUGGAGAUAAGCCCAAAAUCUUGCUAUACUCUGUCAACCUUAUGUUCAAGGGGAUCCAGGUGACCGCAACCACACCCUCCAUGCGUGCCGUGCGCUUUGAGACCGGCUUGAUUGAGCUUGAGCUGUCCAAUCGGAUUCAGUGCAAGUCCACUCCCACAGGAAGCAGCUACCUUAAGCUGUUUGGGAAAUGCCAGGUGGAUCUGCACCUCGCUCUAGGACAGAUCGUCAAGCACCAGGUCUAUGAAGAGGCGGGCUCCGACUUCCACCAUGUGGCAUAUUUCCGCACUCGGAUUGGCUUGCGGAACGCCCUGCAGGAAGAGAUCAGUGGCUGCUCAGACAAAGAGGCCGUGCUCAUCACACUAAACCGACCAAUCAUCUUUGCCCACCCUGUGGCUUUUGACAGAGCCGUGCUGUUCUGGCUGAACUACAAGGCGGCGUAUGAUAACUGGAAGUCUGAGAGUCUGAAGCUGCACUCGGACAUCCAUGUGGCCACUAAAGAGGUAGUGGACAAGCUGCCAGCCAUCCAGCAGACCAGUGUCCAGGCCUUCAGCACCCUCUUCCUGCAGCUCACCGUCAACGACCUGGGCAUCUGCCUGCCCAUCACCAGUAGCACACCGGCCAAUCACAGUAUUGAUUUUGACACCGGCUCAGCCCUGGUGUUGACCAUUGAGAGCACACUGAUCACUGCUUGCUCGUCCGAGUCCCUGGUGAGCAAAGGCCACUUUAAGAACUUCUGCAUCCGAUUCGCCGAGGGAUUCGAGACCUCCUGGGACGACUGGAAACCAGAACUCCGCGGUGACAUGGUGAUGAAUGCCUGUGUUGUUCCUGAUGGCACAUAUGAGGUCUGCUCCAAGACCACUGGAGCGCCAGCUGCAGACAGCAACAGUGCAGGGAAGUGGACUCUGAACGUCCUGUGGAAGAUGUGCGGUAUUGACGUGCACAUGGACCCCAACAUUGGCAAGCGCCUGAACGCGCUGGGCAUCACGCUCACCUCGCUGACCGGUGAAGAGGACCCGGACGACAUCGCCGACCUCAACUCCGUCAACAUGGCUGACCUGUCUGACGAGGACGAGAGCGACGGGAUGUCUCCCACCGUGCACAUGGAGCCCAUUGACCCAAGAAGACAGGUGAUUAUGGGUAAUCAGAUCAUUGACCCUCGAGGGAGGAAGUUCACAAAGAGGCUGGUGGACAUCAGGGAGCUCAACGAACAAGCCAAGGUCAUCGAUGACCUCAAGAAACUGGGGGCGAGUGAGGGAACCAUAAACCAGGAGAUCCAGAGGUACCAGCAGCUGGAGUCGGUGGCGGUCAACGACAUCCGCCGGGACGUCCGCAAGAAGCUGCGGCGCUCCAGCAUGAGGGCUGCGUCCCUGAAGGAUAAGUGGGGCCUGGGCUACAAACCCAGCUACAACAACAGAUCCAAGAGCAUCUCGGCAGCAGGCAACCGGCCUGCUUUGAAGAGGAUGGAGAGACAGAGCUCCAGACUGGGAGAAGUGGAUGACUUGCCUGACAUUCGAGUCGAUGCAGCAUCACCUGGACCACGCGUUACAUUUAAUAUUGACACGUUCCCGGAGGAGACAGAGGUGGACCUGUUGUCCGCUGCCAUCGACGACUCGCCUCAUCCUUUCCCAUCAUGCUCAGUGUUCAGUGCUCCAGGCACGCCCGCCGCCUUCUCAUCCAGCCUUCCCUUCCAGCACGACGACAGUCGCCGCGACGACCUCUCCUCCUCUUCCUCGGAGGACUCGGACAAGGAGGACGAGUACAUCCGUGAGAGGCAGAUGAGCUACUACCCACGACCCAGUACGUCCCACAGGAAGGCGUCUGGCUUCGCGGCUCUGUUCGGGGCGGCCACACCAUCCUCCACGUCCCAGCGUGGCAUCACGGCGCCGGCCACCGAGCGCAACAUCGACUUUGAGCUGGACGUGCGCGUGGAGAUCGACAGCGGCAAGUGCGUGCUGCACCCCACCACCCAGCAGCCGGAGCACGACGAGAUCGCCCUGCGAAGGAGUUGUGAGCGCAGUUCGCGCUCUCUGGACCAGGAGUCUCCCCCUAAGCGGCGUAAGCUGCACCCCAGCUUCACCUCCACGUCCCAGCUGCUGAACAAGCGCAUGCCCUCCUCCCUGCAGAGCAAGUCCUCCGACAUGGAGACCACCGUCUUCUACAUCCCCGGUGUCGACGUCAAGCUCCACUAUAACUCCAAGACGCUGAAGACCGAGUCGCCCAACGCAUCUCGUGGAUCCUCACUGCCCCGGACCCUGUCCAAAGAGUCCAAGCUGUUUGGUAUGAGAGACCUGCCUAGAGACAUCCCCAGCCCCCCCCCUGCUGCCCUAGGCAGGACUAACACUCUCCACCCUCCCCCUCCCCCUCCUCUACCCUCAGGCAACACUAAAGGCAAAGCCAGUGUAGGGGUGAAGGCGGCGAAGCUGUAUGCAUGGGUGGCCCUGCAGACCCUCCCGGAGGAAAUGGUCAUCAGCCCCUGUCUGCUGGACUUCCUGGAGAAAGCUCUAGAAACCAUCCCCAUUACUCCCAUUGACAGGAACUACACAGCUGUAAGUGCUCCAGAAGAAGACGUGGGCCAGUUUGACUCGGUGGAUCCUCUGGAGGAGUCUCAGGUGUCUCUGGUCUCCUCUGCCACCUCCCCGUACUCCUCCUUCCCUGUGGAUGUGGUCGUUUACGUCAGAGUGCAGCCCUCGCAAAUCAGGUUCAGCUGUCUGCCCAUGUCUCGAGUGGAGUGCAUGCUGAAGCUCCCGUCUCUGGACCUGGUGUUCUCGUCCAACCGCGGCGAGCUGGAGCCGCCCAGCACCGCUCACCCCAGCGAGCCCCAGCACACGCCCUCCUCCACACCUCCGUCAGUCCACAACGCCAACAGGGUGCCAGGGGGCAAAGGAGCACCAGCACCAGCACCAGCACCACCAGGCGCGUCACCAUCCCUGGGUAGUCCUCUGGGGCGGAGCCGGCACAGCAGCAGCCAAUCAGAUCUCACGGGUCCGCCCACCAACUCCUCGGGGCUCAGUUUCACAGCGUGCAUGUCGGACUUCUCCCUCUACGUGUUCCAUCCCUACGGAGCUGGAAAGCAGAAGUCCGCCGUCACAGGGAUGGCCCCAGGGCCCAGUCCGCUGGGCGCAGUUGACGAAGAGGCCUCCUCAGUGACGGGCAGAAAGGAUUCUCUGUCGAUCAAUCUGGAAUUUGUGAAGGUCAGCCUAUCACGGAUGAGGCGUGCAGGAUCUCCCGCCUUCAUUGACACUUUCAUCAACAGCAAAGGUGGCAAAUUGGACACCACCCUCAUCAACAUCUCAGCGGUGUGUGACAUCGGCUCUGCGUCGUUUAAGUAUGACAUGCGGCGUCUGAGUGAGAUCCUUGCCUUUCCAAGAGCCUGGUACCGCCGAAGCAUCGCUCGACGACUGUUUUUAGGAGACCAAACUAUAAAUGUACCGCCCUCGGGUCCAGCCACCCCUGACUCGGUGGAGAGCAUGGCCCAGCACCUGUCCCCUGAGUCCAGCAGGAAGGCCUACUGGAGGACAUGGGAUGGCCAGAACACACACAGCAACGUGUUUAACGACUCCACGCCCUCACACACACACCUCAAGUCCCCCGCCACGGGUCGCACGCGCAGCGUUUCUGACUCCUCAGCACCACGCAGAGACUCUGUGAGUAAAACGUCCACCCCCUCGUUCCGGAACGCUAAGGCUGCAGGGCAGCAGGGCUCUCCCUGGGAGACACUGGUGGUGUUCGCCAUCAACCUGAAGCAGCUCAAUGUCCAGAUGAACAUGAGCAACGUCAUGGGCAACAACACUUGGACGACGAGCGGUCUGAAGAGCCAGGGCCGUUUGUCAGUGGGCAGCAACAGGGACCGGGAGAUCAGUAUGUCCGUGGGACUCGGCCGCUCCAAACUGGACUCCAAGGGCGGAGUGGUGGGUGGAAACAUCGACGUCAACACCCUGGAGAUGGUCUCCCACAUUUCGGAGCACCCCAACCAGCAGCCAAGCCACAAGAUCCAGAUCACCAUGGGCUCCACGGAGGCGCGUCUGGACUACAUGGGCUCCAGCAUCCUCAUGGGCAUCUUCAGCAACGCCGACCUGAAGCUGCAGGACGAGUGGAAGGUCAACCUCUGCCCCUCAGAGGCCAGCCUAUCAGAGAAGAGUGAGAUCUUCGUCCAUGGCGACCUACAGUGGGACAUCUUCCAGGUGAUCAUCUCGCGCUCCACCACCCCUGACCUGAUCAAGAUCGGCAUGAAGCUGCAGGAGUUCUUCACGCAGCAGUUUGACACCAGCAAGCGCGCCCUCUCCACCUGGGGCCCCGUGCCCUACAUACCCCCCAAAACCCCCGUCAUCAGUGUCGACAAGGGGGCCACCGAAUAUCUGGAUGCGGCCCAUCACAGGCACUGGCCCGGUGUGCUGAAGGUCAUCGCUGGCUGCCACAUCUCCCUCUUCCAGAUGCCCCUCCCCGAGGACGCAGUGCAGCUGGGCGGCUCCAUGAGUCUCCACGGCAACCACAUGACACUGGCCUGCUUCCACGGGCCCAACUUCCGCUCCAAGUCCUGGGUGCUGUUCCACCUGGAGGAGCCCAACAUCGCCUUCUGGACAGAGGCCCAGAAGGUCUCGGAGGACGGGUCUGACUCAACCUACGUCGUUCAGACUCUGGACUUCCACUUGGGUCACAACACCAUGGUAACCAAGCCUUGCGGAGCUCUCGAGAGUCCCAUGGCAACCAUCACUAAGAUAACACGGCGGCGGCAUGAGAACCCUCCUCAUGGUGUGGCUACGGUCAAAGAGUGGUUUAACUACGUCACCGCCAUGAGAAACGAAGAGCUGAACCUGUUGAGAAAUGUGGACGCUAACAAUUCCGAGAGUGGAUCGGUGGCCAAGAGCUCCAGCCUGCUGAGCAGCUUCAGAGGCUCCUCCAGCUACAACCACGAGACCGAGACCAUCUUCGCCCUUCCCAGAAUGCAGCUGGACUUCAAGUCGAUCCACGAGCAGGACCCAGAGGAACCAUCACUGACAGAUGCCAGCAGCAAGCCGAAGGUGGAGUGCAGCGUGGUCACGGAGUUCACCGACCACAUCUGUGUGACCAUGGACGCGGAACUCAUCAUGUUCCUCCAUGACCUGGUGUCGGCCUACCUGAAGGAGAAAGAGAAAGCCUUGUUUGCCCCGCGGAUCUCAGCGUCCCGCCCUGGCCAGAAGAGCCCCACGGUGUCUCAGGACGAGAAGUCCGGUGAGACGGACAAGGAGGAGGGAAUCAACUACACCACGGUGGACUGGAGAGAGUUCCUGUGCAACACCUGGCACCUGGAGCCCACGCUACGGCUGAUCUCGUGGACGGGCCGUAAGAUCGACCCGGUCGGGGUGGACUACAUCCUGCAGAAGCUGGGCUUCCACCACGCCCGCACCACCAUCCCCAAGUGGCUGCAGCGAGGGGUCAUGGACCCGCUGGACAAGGUGCUGUCCGUCCUCAUUAAGAAACUGGGCACUGCCCUGCAGGAUGAGAAGGAGAAGAAGAGGGAGAAGGAGGAACAUUAGCGGAAAGACUCCCAAACAGCACAGACACAUACAGUCUCUCUCUCUCUCUCCCUCUCAUGCACAUAAAACCCACUCAGAUGUGGAAACACUGGAAAUACUUUGACUCUUGUACAUAAGACUGAUACACAGACACUGGAAACACUGAACAUUAAUAUCAACACUAUACACUGUGUAUUGUAUACAGAUGCCUAUUACUGUUCCACACAGGUGGCUCACACACACACACACACACACACACACACACACACACAGAGAAAACCACGCACACACUACUACUACUACUGCACCCUGCGAGUGUGACUUAUUGUUUACUGGUUCAUGUGAUCAUUGCACAGCUUCAGAGUGAAAGUUUGGUUCAGUAGGACUUUUUAUUUUGUACAUUCGGGUCAAUGGGGAAAAAACUAUGAUAAUGUGCUGCUUAUACUGUAGGAGAGGGUCUUUAACAUGGAUUACAUGUGUCUAUACAUUAACCAACAAUCAAAGCAACAUAAUUGUCAAAAAUAUACCGCCAGCUUCUUACAUCCAUCUGGACGACAGCCAAGCGCUUCUACAGGUUGUAUGAUGUGUCCAGUGCCUCAGUUUGAUCUUCAGGAAUUUCAUGUUGAGUUUGAACUUACUCGUCCAGACAUCAAUUUUAAUUAACUAUUUCAAUGUUUUAGCAGUUUUAUUUAUUGAGGAGGGGGCAUAAGACAUUUUAUUGAUGCGUCAGCUGUAGAUGAUGUCAUUGGCUUUGACAGCUGAAGACCUUUCGGCAAUGACAUCAUGGCACAGACAGGUUGUAGCACUCCUCAGAUCCAUGCAGGUCUUGUUACCUCGCUCAGUUUUAUUGCUACAUGUUGCACCACAUCUCCAGAUUUAGUUCUUAUAAGGCAUUCCAUGUGUCCAAAUCCCUUAUUUUAUUUUGGAAAUAAUACUAGUUUGACAGGAAUGUGUAUCAUAGAUUUAAAAUCUGUAAUGAUACUGAUUGACUGUGUGAUUGCUCUUCAACAUGUUUUUAACUUCUUAAAAGUGUACUGUGUAACCUCUGUUACACUUAUGGUGUAUUAGUGUUUUUGUUUGUUCAAUGUGCAAUAGACCAAUGUACAUAAGCUGUGAAAGCAUUAAUGUGAAUAUGUGCCGAUUUCAGAAUAAAAUCAUUGCCAUUA